AGAAAACGGAUGCUCGUCACUGUUGUCGUUCGCUUACUUUAAAUCAAGUUUUGACGUUUUUUUUUAUAUAUAUAUAUCUCUGAACUGUCUUAUCUGUACGUGCCAUCCAGUCUACCUUAUGGCAACCGGAUCGGAUGAAGAUGUCCAUCGUGCUAUUUUACCUCUGGCAGGAUGAUCAAAAGUCAAGAACAAGAUGAAUUAAUAGCUGUGAGGGUUCAGGAUCCUCGCAUUCAGAACGAAGGUUCGUGGAACUCGUAUGUGGACUUCAAAAUUUUCUUUCAUACAAACAGCAAAGCGUUCACUGCAAAAACAUCCUGUGUGAGGAGGCAAUACAGUGAGUUUGUGUGGUUAAAGAAAAAACUGCAAAAGAAUGCUGGUCUUGUGCCUGUUCCUGGUCUGCCCAACAAGUCAUUAUUCUCAUUUAUUAACGAUGGCUUCAUUGAAAGGAGGAGAAUGGGUCUACAGAGCUUCUUGGACAAGGUGCUGCACAUGACAGUAUGUCUGUCUGAUAGCCAACUCCAUCUUUUCCUGCAAACUCAGCUUCCUGUAAAGCACAUUGAGGACUGUGUGCAGGGCCACACCCCCUAUACUGUGACAGAGGCCAUUCUUACCUAUGCUUCCUCCAACCAUGGUUGGGUGCAAGAGGAGGGCGGCGGAGCCCAAGAAUUAUGGCCAGCCCCUAUUCCAUAUGAAUCUGAAGAGAGCCCUGCUCCUCACCUCCCUACUCUACAGUAUGCUGGAGCUACAUCAAGUGGAAAAGGAACUCCAAAUGAACUUACUGAAGUUUCAAACCUAGAAACAGAGUCGAGACUGAGUGAUGUAGAACAGACUGCACCUGUACUGAAGGAUGGUAAAGGUCAUGAACAGAUAGUUCAAGAAAAAGAGAGUUCCAUUAAUCUAGUGGUUGAAGUCCACCCAACUACUCUUGUUAUUUCUGUAGAUACUGAUCUAGAGGUUGAAAACAGUGGAUCAAUAGAAACACAAUGGCUUGAUAAGAAAAUAAAAGAUCUACAAGUAUUGGAUGUGAAUAUACUGUCCCACAGAGCACAGGGCUUUGACAAAUCUUUGCAUGGAGAUACACAUAGCCAAGGGCAAGGUCUAGAUAAAGUGCAUGCGAUUACUUCGGUAGAUCGAGUCAAUGAGAAGAGAACGCCUGGUGCUAUCAAUGAUGGGAAGAGGGACAGUCAAGAUGCUGCCCUUAAGCAGGAAUUCACUGUAAGACAAACCCUUGACAAGGAUAUUCAUGAAGAAGAUCCAAGUUUAAGGGUCCUUUAUAAUGAAGUAACUCUGGAUCUCAGUGUUGCCAUAGAUACAGCUGAGCAGAGUGACCACAGAGGGCAGGAGCUUGUAGAAACUGUAGCUAAAACUGGUGAAGUUCACGUAGACCACGUCAUGAAGGAGAACACACCAUAUAAUAGCAACCAAGAACAAGGUGAAGCAGUCCAUGAGAAUGGAGUCUGUGAUGAAGACUCCAAUGUAGACAAUGCUUCAGUCAAGGAAGAGGCCACUUUGAGACAAACCCUUGACAAGGAUAUUUAUGGAAAAGUUUCAGUAGUCCGUUAUAAUGUAGCAACUCUGGAUCUCAGUGCUAAUCACAGUGACCAGAUGCUUGUUGAAAACACUACUAAAACUGGGGAAGAUGUUCCACUGUUGGAUUGCCAUGUAGCCAGCAUCUUUGAGGAUAUCUUGUCACAUACCAAAGACCAAGAACAAGGCAAAGCAGAGAUAACAGAGGAUGAUGCAGUCCAGGAGAAUGGAGUCUGUGAUGAAGACUCCAAUGUAGAUGAUGCUUUCCAGGAAGAGGCUAUGAAUGAUACCAGCUGUAAGCAUACUAAAAUCAGUGAAAUAAGCCUUUCCUGCUCAAAAUGCAACAAAGACAUGUUGGUGAUGUGAACAAGCUCAAUGCAAAAUGUGUCCAAACCAAAAGUGGUAUUUUGAUACUUUGGGGAAUUGAGAAAGCAGCGAUCACGCAAAAUGCCCUAUUGACAGGGAAUGUGUAGAAUGACAGCACUGAGGAAUCCUAUGAAGACAGCAACCUUGUUUUACAAGCCAUAGAGAUUGAUUCAAUACAAUGCCAGGAGAAAGAUAGUCAUUUAAUUCUCUCUAUUUACAAACCAGAUGCUAACUAAUUCCCUUGAGUUGGGAUUUUGAACUGAAUUUACUAUAGCCUGUAUUUAACACAAACGUGCACUGUUACAGACUGUUUACAGAAGAUACGCUUGAUUAGACGGCUGUAGUUUUCUCCUACAAACAAUGUGAAAGGUAAAUGCACUGACAAAUGUGACAUUCAGGGUGGUGAACAAAUUGCAAAUGCAACAUAUAGAUAAAAAUGCAUGAUAGUGCAAGAUAGGGAACUGUUCAAAGAGCAAUGUGCUUCACUGUUAACUUGAUCCUAAUAUUCACCAUUCUUAUCCCUAAAUAUUGUUUGUUUCAUGUCACUUUGGCAACUUUACUGUCAAACAAGAAUCACUCCAAGAAAGGUACAGACAUAUCUAUUUUAGUAUGUUGCAAAAUGACAAUUUCGGCUAACUUCACACUUUCUUAGGCACUUGCCUCUAACGGUAAAAUGUUGCUCACACAUGCUUUAUAUUCUGCUGUGAAAUUGUGUCACAGUGGCUGCUUAUAAUACUCACGAGCAUGGAAAAAUUUACUGAAAAGGGACUUGCUGAUGUAAUAAUCCAAAUUUACAUGGAAAUUGCAUGCUUUAUGUCCUUUGAAUACUUUGGUGUAUAUUUCUUGAAGUUUUAUGUGUCUUUACAGCACAUACAGUUUUUUUUUUUUUUCAGUUCUGGAAAUAAUUGAAAAUUAUUAACGCACAAUUGCAAUAUUUUGAUUUCAAAGCACCCUACAUGAUUCAUUUUCUAUUUAUAUUUUAAAGGUUAUUUAAAUUACUGCAUUCAAAUUUAAAUAUCUGAAGGGUUGUUUUUUUUAUACUUUGUUGUAAAGAGGACAUCUCAAUUAAGUUUGUUCAUAAUGUGUUUUUUAGUUUCACACAUUCCUUUUAAACUAUGGAUUUACCAAUGGGCUUUCUAACAAGAAACAAAUAAAGAAAGAGAGGCUGAGAAGUGAGAGAGCUUGGUUUUGAUCAAGCAUGAAUUGUGUACAGUGAUGUGUCGUGUUUUAUUUGAAAAACAGAUUUGCAUUCUUUUGACAGAAAUUCUGUAAAUGAAAUUAAUGAUUGUGUUUAUUGUUAUUUCAGUAGCACUUUAUUUUACAGUAUGUGUUCUUUCAUUAUACUUACAGUGUAUUUACCCAACAAAGUAUGGAGUAAUAUUAAGUAACUACAUGUACUUAAUAUGGGUUAAGGUUAGGUUUAGGGUCAGUACCUAGUAAUUACUGAAGUAUAAAAUAAAGUGCUACUGUCAAAUCUAUUAAUCGUGUGUGAGUUAAUGUUAUUUUUCUAAAGUGAAGUAAUCAGCUGUACGAAUACUAUGCCCUUUAUUUCUUUUAUUCAAAUAAAAAGUUAGUCUGUAGUGUCAGUUAUAGAAACAGAAUUACCACUAGAUGGAGAUGUAACAAAACUAUUUACUCUGCUUGGUAUGAAA